AUGGUUGUGGCUGCAAGCGAUGUCCAUUCGGCGUCAUCGCCGUUUACUGCGUUCCCUUGCCGCCGGAGUGUUGUUCAUAGUACAAACGGGAUAGUGGCAUGUACUCAGCCUCUGGCUGCGGAAGCCGGUCAGAGAAUUCUAAGGCUGGGUGGUAAUGCUGCUGUAAGUCGAAAGUCUGGCUGUCAAAUCUCAAAAAUUGCCUCGCUGACAGCUGCUGCACUGAAUGUGACUGAACCGCACUCUACCGGGAUCGGAGGUGACAUGUUCUGUCUGUUCUACAAUGCCAAAACUAAGAAAGUGCAUGCAUUGAACGGCUCUGGACGUAUGCCUGCUGGUGCAUCGUUGGAUCGUGUCCGUAAAGCGUUAGGAGAUGACACCAUAACACAACUGCCAAAACUGAGCGUUCAUGCUGUUACUGUGCCUGGUACGGCUGCAGGAUGGGUAGACACAGUGGAAAAGUUUGGAAGCGGGAGGGUGUCCCUCGAGCAAAUACUCACGCCAGCUAUUGAGCUUGGGGAAGAAGGGUUCCCCGUGGCCGAGCUGGCAUCUUCGUUCUGGAGAGGUUCAGAGGAUAAGAUUCGAAAAGGCAGCCCAAACUUCAAGGAACUUCUCAGAGUAGACAGCGAGGCGGAAGGCGGUGCGAGGGCCCCUGCUCCGGGGGAGGUGUUUAAAAACCCAACUCUAGCCAAGACGUUUCGGGCUCUGGCAAAGGAUGGAAAGGACGGAUUCUACAAAGGAGACGUAGCUAAGGCUAUCGUCCAGAUUGUUGAAGAUCUGGGUGGCUUUAUGACCCUCGACGAUCUCAAGAAUCAUGCGGAGAUGGGAAGCCAGGAGGUAGACCCUAUUUCCCUCAAAUUCGACCCCAGCGACUUUGUCUCUUCCAAGAAGAAGGAGGAUGGGAAGGAAGUCGAGUUAUGGGAGCACCCACCAAACGGUCAGGGAAUCGUCGCCUUGAUGGCCCUGGGCAUACUCAAGGAACUUUCCCGAUCUGGAAAGAUUCCUCGUUUCUCCCCCGACCAACACAACACUGCGCCUUACCUGCACGUCCUGAUCGAGAGUCUCCGCAUUGCCUUUGCCGAUGCUGCAUGGUGGGUGACCGAUCCAGAUGUGGAGAAGGUGCCAGCCCAGGAGCUCAUCUCACCCGACUACCUGGCCGAACGAGCAAAACUCUUCGAUCCCAGCAAGGCAUCACCCGGCACCCUGGACCAUGGCAGCCCCGCGCACAACCACAGUGACACCGUCUACCUCGCCGUCACCGAUAAGGAAGGAAACGGCAUCUCCUUCAUCAACAGCGUAUACGAGGAUUUCGGUACCUGCAUCAUCCCCGCUGGCUGCGGAUUCACCCUUCAGAACCGUGGCGCCAACUUCUCGCUCCAAGUCGGCCAUCCGAACGUCCUGCAGGCCGGGAAACGGCCAUAUCAUACCAUCAUCCCUGCAAUGGUCACUAACCCCUCAGACAGCUCCCUGCACACCGUCUACGGGGUCAUGGGUGGCUUCAUGCAGCCACAGGGCCAUGUACAGGUUCUCUUCAACACCCUAGCGUUCGAUCUAUCUCCCCAGGCUGCGCUGGACGCUCCGCGAUUCUGCAUCGAGGCGGGAAGCAAGGAAAAGGGCUAUGGCCAGACUAUAUACCUUGAAGAAGGGAUCAGCGAGUCCGUGGUGGAAGAGCUCGGACGAAUGGGCCAUCCGGUGAAAUUGCUUAGUUCAUUCGAACGAAGCAAGUUUGGGCGCGGACAGAUUAUUAGAUGUCAUACCGAUCAGGGUAAGACUGUUUAUAGUGCCGGAAGUGACAUGAGAGGCGAUGGUGCGGCUGUCCCGGCAUGA